AAACAAGCCGCGAUGAGCAAACCUAUUUUUAGUUUCCGCGAUAGCGUUAAACACCAUGGUAAAUACAAUGAGCAUUGCCAAGCAAACACCUGAAGGAAUGGAUUUUAUUGACCUGCAAAAGUUCUCCUCUGAAGUGAUCGACGAUGAUUCGCACACAUUUUGGCUGUUUGCUUAUGGUCUACUUUUAUGGUAUCCCGAUUUCGAAGCGGACGAGCGCAUACUCGGCUAUGUGGAUAAUGUGAAACGAAAGCUAUGUCACGCUAGCCACAUGCUAGGUGAUGACAGUUGGCCAGGACGUGUGGCAUCGUUGGUUCAUGCUCCGGGAGAGCGUACAUGGGGUGCGGUUUACAAACUGAGUGAUCGUAGAAAUAAGAUUGCGACAUUUGACAAACUUUGUAAUCGGGAAAUAUCUGAGGGCUACAGAUUGGCCAUGGUCAAUUUUGUGCCAAUCAACUCUCCAGGUAUCAUUCGUGCCGCGGUAUUUGUCACUGAUCCUAGUGCCAAUCGCAGUCUAGUCGAGGUCACUCUCCCAUGGCAGGCCUACCAGAUAUUUUGCGCACACGGAAUCCACGGUCCCAACAGAACGUAUGUGUAUAAAAUUGCUGAUUUCCUUAAAACUGAAAUUGUGCCAUUAUAUCCGGAAGAUCUUGGAGCUCGGCAAGACGAUUCAAUUCUACUAAGCACACUGGUUCAAGAGUUCGAGAGCAACCAGCGCGAAAUCAGUCCAGAGGAGGCGCAAAGUAUGAAACCACAAAUACUGCCAGCCAACUGAAGUUUAAAUUUUAUCACAAAUUAUUUUUCUUCUGAUUUCUUUUGGAGCCGCAGUUUUACCGCAGAGGAAAGAGCGCUGCAUUUAUUUUCGUUUUCACCGGGACGCCGGUUAAAAUAUCUGUGAUAUUUUAUUUUGUCCUCUAAUUCAAUUGGAAUAUACUUUUGAGUUUAUUAUCUGUCUCCAAUAAUGUUUUCACAAUGUUGUAGCACAAUUCCCCUUCC